AUGCUAUUCCCGCUUUGCAGAGAUUUUAUUUAUGCCAAAAGACAAGGACUUAAAUUUUAAAAAGAAGUCCCUAUUUAAAUUUAGAACAAUAUUCUCAUAGAUCAGAAUGGUCAUUAAUACUAAAUACAAACUCAAUAAUAAAAAGAUAAUGAAAGUACUACUAUCUAUUAAGGAUUUGCAUCUCAUUUUGAAACUUAACUAAAUGAUAAAGAUGAUAUAAUAUUUUAUAUUAAAGAACUUAAAUGUAAUGGAUAGAAUAUUAAGACAAAUAUUGCAAUCAAUAUGAAACAAUAAAUUCAAAAAUCAACAGAAUCUACUAUUUUAUACAAACAAAUAAUAAAAAAAGAUCAAAAAAUUCAAUUAAGUUUUUCAAAAAUCUUGUUAGAAGUUGUUAUUAAGUAAAUAGAUUAUUAAAUAAUCAAUACAAAAAAAAUCUGA